AUGCUCGAUGGUAGUGCCAUUGCAGCUAUCUUGACGGGUAUUCUCGCUCUGGUGGGAGCAAUUGCAACUGCUUGGAUGUCUGGAUGGAAUGAUCGACGCGUCCAGGCGCGUCAGAACCGAAAGGCGCUCGCACGAUACGCAGUGCCUCUCCUGAUCGCAGGCUGGGAUCUAGCUAACUGGUUCUAUGACAUACUGGAGGAGUCCAAUUACAGUCCUCAACGAUGCAAAGCGUAUGGGAGCGGAUGGAAUAGCAAAUUCACAUCAUAUCUGAUUGGCCAGUACUUUGCUGGCGUUCACAUAAUGCGCGAGAAGACGCACUUUCUUGCACAUAUAAGAGGCGAACGAGCGGACCUACUGAAGAGACUGCUGUGGAAGAUUCAGGAUGAAUUUGUGUCCAUGCACUACGAAGAGCGAGAAAGCCUGGAAAUGCGUUGGUUCGAGGGUGAUAUACUGGCGGUGCAGGAACACAUGACCGAAGCUUGCGAUCUUGAUGGAGAUGGAAACGCCGGAGAGAUGCGGGCAAUCGGCUAUGUCGAAUUCCAGCAAAACUAUGAGAUAAAAGAGCCAGGAUCCAGUAAAGGUGACUCAUUAGAGUUGAAGAAGAUCUUUGGCUAUUAUGAGACCGAGUUUCAACGGGUUAUCUAUCGUCGGUUCAAGCACUUAUAUUCGACUAGAUGGAAAGGGCAAGAAAACCCUCAGGGUAUCGAAAAGCAGCAGGAAAGCCUUGUCGACGAAGAAGUCAUCAACAGGCUCAUCGAAGAGGAGAGACUGAUCAAAGAAGAGCAGGAAAUAAAUGGUACUAGAAUGAUGAUACCAGAUCAUCGGAUUCGACGCCUUCAGCAUUUACUAAGUGACCUGGUCGAAUUGUUGGACGAGGUGUCCAAAAUGAAAUUCAAUCGUCCGAGUCGGAGGUGCGAAAUGCUGGUUGGUAACAACAUGCUGGGUCGUGAAAUGGAGGCGCGUAUCCCUUGUGAUUGCCAUUCCGUUAAAUGCAAUCCAGAACAACAAGACUUUGAACAUCGACAACUUGCUGGCAGCAGAACAACGAAAUUUCGCUCAAGAAAGCCAAAAUCUUCUAGUUUCGUAUAUCAGCCGCCGGUGUGGCCAGAUGCACUCGGUCUUAGGAGGACGGAGAUGGGGGAGAAGAGUAUUAGUCAAUGUUAG